AUGUCGACGGACAGCGCCGACCGCAAUGCGCCCCCCAGCGAGAAGGGCGAGAAAGUCGAGAAAGUCGACGAAAAGAUCGACGUGCACCAGGCUGAGAUCCUCGCCGACGCCGUCGAUGGCGAGAACCACGAGCACGAGAUGGGCGUGUGGGAGGCAGCCAAGCAGUAUCCCUGGGCCUGCUUCUGGGCGUUCAUCAUGUGCUUCACCAUCGUCAUGGAGUCGUUCGACAUGUUCCUCAACACCAACUUCGUCGCGCUGCAGCACUUCUCCAAGGUGUACGGCGUGCAGACGGGCGAAGACAGCUACGCCAUUCCAACCCGCUGGCAGAGCGCGCUCUUCCAGGCUGGACAGUGCGGUGCGUUUAUCGGCGUCUAUCUGGCUGGCCCGAUCACCAACCGCAUUGGAUAUCGCUGGACGACCCUGGUGGGAUUGGUCUUGAUGAAUGCCACCAUCUUCGUCUCGUUUUUUGCCGACUCGCUCACCCUCCUUGUCGUCGGACAAGCGCUGGAGGGCGUCCCCUGGGGCUUCUUCAUUGCAAACUCGCCCGCCUACGCCUCGGAGAUUGUCCCUCUGCCUCUUCGAGCUGCGUGCACGGCAACCCUGCAGAUGAGUUGGUCGAUUGGUUCCAUCAUCGUCGCCGGCGCCACCUACGCCUACAACGGAUUGGAGAACGAGUGGUCAUGGCGUGUGCCGCUUGCCCUGCAAUGGAUCUUCCCUACGCCCCUGAUGGUCCUCAUCUUCAUCGCCCCCGAGUCUCCAUGGUGGCUUAUCCGUCGCGGCCGCAAAGACGAGGCCCUCCGCUCCAUCAAGCGCCUCGGUGCGAAGGACGAAGCCCAGGCUCACCAGUCCCUGGCCAUGAUGGAGCGAACGGUCAAGAUUGAAGAGUCGAUCGGUGGCUCCCCGACCCUCCUCGACCUGCUCAAGGGCACCGACCUCCGACGAACAAUCAUCACCUGCCUGGUCUACGCAUCCCAGAACUUCGCGGGCAACCUCAUCGCCAACCAGGCCACCUACUUCUUCGAGCAAGCCGGAAUCCCACACAGCCGCGCCUUCCAACUAAACCUCAUCACAACCUGUCUCCAAUUCGUCGCCAACGCCGUCUCCUGGGGUCUGACAUCGUGGUUCCGCCGCCGCACCGUCUUCCUCUGGGGCACCGGCACAAACGUCAUGUUCCUCUUCAUCCUGGGAAUCUGCGCCUCCGUCCCCCAGACCAACAAGACGAACUACGCCCAGGCCUGUCUGGGCGUGAUCAUCUCGGUCGUGUACGCCGGCGCCCAGGGGCCCAUCUCGUACACGAUUAUCUCAGAGACGUCGUCUGUGCGUCUGCGCGCGCUGAGUACGGCUGUCGGCCGGUCUGCGUAUUAUAUCACGGAGAUUCCGAUGAUUUACCUGGCGAGUCGCAUGCUGAAUACGACCGGCUGGGAUCUGGCGGGCAAGUGUGGGUAUGUCUGGGGCUGUACGGCGCUGUUUUGUUGGGUUGUGGCGUAUUUCUUCCUGCCUGAGUUGAAGCAUCGCUCGUAUCGUGAGGCGGAUAUUUUGUUUAAUCGCAAGGUGCCGGCUAGGAAGUUUAAGACCACUGUUAUUGGGGUUGAGGAGAAUGAGUAG